AUGUCUAUUCAUGAGAAACUUGGGGAACUAUCCCUUCAAGAAGCAGAAUCCAUCAAUGGCUCAGCCUACACAAAUGGUACCAGAAGCAAGAAGAACAAGUAUGGGACCGUUCCAUUGGCUCCGAAGCUUGUUUCUCAUUGCAGUCAAGAUGCUGAGAUCGUCCAAGUCCGGACCAACGUUCGUGAGAUCGUGGAUACACAGGUCCUGGGCGCGCAUACGCAUAAUGGAUUGGCGACGGAGGACGCGCCGAUGAAUUGGGUACAGGGAAAGGACAUACCACCAUAUAUCAGUAUAUGGUGGCUAUCUACUAUGUCUUCCAAACACCCGAAGGAGAGAGACGAUUACCAGAGGGAUCUAGCAAUGUGCCGAGGAGUCUACCGCCGAGCAGUUGAGCACUACCCGCAACUCCAAACAGGCGGACCAUUCUUCUAUGACUCACAGAAUAGUCUUUGGAGCCUCUCCCAGUUGAACACGGAGAAAUUGUCUUUCACCAUCUAUGAAGGUGUCACCAACUUGAGCAACUUCAUCAAGGCCGACUUCGUCUUGUAUCCCAUCGAGGUCGCCAAGGAGCUCUCGACCAACGAUAUAGAGAAUACGGCGACACUCGCUCCAGCCGACGCCGACAAGCGCCUCCAUCAGGCCAUCACGACGAUCCUCGCUGAUGGACCGAAGGCAAAUCCAGACGUUAUCACGGUGAACGGCACUACUCACUACAGUGUCCGGCCUGUGAUGGGAGCUCAGGAAGCUAUUUGGUUCCCAAAUGGAGAUCGAUCAUCGUUGCUGGGAGUAACACGAGCAGUGAAAACGAUGGAAGGAUUCGAGAAACAAGGAGUCUUCAUGUCCAAUGACAUGAGAAUCUCUCUCUUCCAUACUGGAAGAAGCCACAUGACCCUUGCUGACUAUUUCCGAACUUUCCAAGGAUUCCACUACCACUUGGAUCGGAAUGACCUACGGAAAGCAUGCACGCGAUGGGAACGACGCGAAAACGAUUCCAAUCCGAGGAUUCGGAAGGAAGCCGAUGGACCAGGAAUUCAAUUGCCGGAUGGAACGCUCACCAAUGUCUACGAGUACUUCCGCAACCGAUACAACGUUGAGCUGGAAUUGACCGAACUGUGGACGAUCGAAUCUACUGUCCAAUCUGGUGGAGUCGGAUACUACCCACCAGAACUCCUUCGUGUCAUCCCGAAUCAGAAGGUCACCUGCCAGCAAAUGACUCCUCAAGAGCAAAGUGCCGUCAUUCGAAGGUCAGCAGCGAAGCCGCAUGAAAGAAUCCAAACCACAGACAACGUGGCAGCUGCUGUAGGAUUGGUGCCACGGGACUUAUCCGGAUUCUUACAAAUCACAGAGCCCCUCGUUGUAUCCGGAAUCGUACUCAAGGAUCCGAUCGUCCAGAAUUGUGGAGGAUUCUACAAUGCCAUGAGGCAGGAGAAAUGGGGAAUCGUAUUUCUGCCAUACCAAACUGUCAGGAACGCCGAGAAUGUCCUCUUCGAAGAGAUGCACAGAAGCGGAAUGGCCUUCGAUGAACCCCGCAUCAUGUAUUUGGAACCCGACAACCAGUUUCAAGGAGAGUUCCAGAUUCAUCGGCUUUUCCAAGAGGCAAAAGACAACGGCAUCAAGUUCCUCCUAUUCAUCAUUCCUUCCUCCAUUGACUACCAAACGGAAGUAAAGGUAUACUGCACUGAAAAUGCGCCAUCAAAGGGACACGAGAGCGAACAUUAUCCAAAAGAUGAAUAUGAAGUUAGGAGGUCUCAACUUCAAAGUGGUCAACGACUACUUGGACAAGGAGAACCUCCUCAUCAUGGGAUACUCGCUCUCCAAAACGCAGAAUUGGGAGACUCGGAGGUCACUACCGUUGGCUACGCAUCAAAUUUUAUGGAUCAUCCACAAAAAUUUGCAGGCUCCUACAAGUUUGUUGAAAGAACCGACGAGGCGAGCUUAGAUUCUAUAAUUGAACUUCUUCAGUAUAUGAUUACUUUGCAGACGUUCUCCACCAUCAUACACGAAACCCUCCGUCACAGUCUACAAAAAGCGAGACGAGCAAGAAAUAUGAGAGCGGAGAAAGUCGUCAUCUAUUUUAACGGAAUCAGCGAGGGUCAGCUUGCAAUGGUCAAUGAAGUUUAUGCUCCACAAUGCAUCGAAACUUUCCAAAGUCUCAGAAAAGAUUAUGCACCGGAGCUAAUCAUUUUGGCGGCUUCAAAGACUCACAACGAAAGAUUGUAUUUGGAUAGUGUGAGUCAUAAUCGUGGAGUUCAUAACCUGCCAAUCGGAACUAUCGUCGACACCACUAUCGUCUCGCCGGUCUUCAACGAGUUCUACCAUGUGGGAGCGAAGGCCAUUCAAGGAACUGCAAAGCCAGUCAAGUACACAGUGGUAUAUUCCAACAGACCGGUGAAAAUGGAAUGGGUGGAGGGGCUCACCAACACCCUGUGCCACGAACAUCAGAUCAUAAAGAGCCCGAUCAGCAUUCCAGUGCCUCUUUAUAUUGCCGCAGAGUGUGCCAAGAGAGGUUGCGCCAUUUUGGAACACCGCCAGAGACUUGCUGUUGGAACCAGGAAUUUCCUUACUACGGUUGCAGAAACAGGAAUUAUGGAUAUGAUGAGACGCAUUGCGGGAGGACAAGAUACAAUGCUUAAAGAUUCUGUUCAUGUUGUUCACUCUCAUCUUUCCUAA